CAGAGAAGAAGCAGAAGAAGAAGAGUGAGAGCGAUCGAAGAUGUUCCUGCGUGCGGUGGCGCGGCCAUUGAUGGCGAAGGUGAAGCAGACGACGGGGAUCGUUGGGCUGGAUGUGGUUCCGAACGCGCGUGAGGUGCUGAUAGGGUUGUACGACAAGACCCUGAAUGAGAUCAAGAAGGUUCCAGAAGACGAAGGGUACCGUAAAGCGGUGGAGAGCUUCACCAGUCACAGGCUCAAGGUGUGUCGGGAUGAAGAGGAUUGGGAAGCCAUCGAGAACCGUCUUGGUUGUGGACAGGUCGAAGAGCUCAUCGAGGAAGCUCAGGAUGAACUCAAGCUCAUUUCCUACAUGAUCGAGUGGGAUCCUUGGGGUGUCCCAGAUGAUUACGAAUGUGAGGUGAUUGAAAAUGAUGCACCAGUUCCCAAGCAUGUUCCUCUCCACCGACCUCCUCCUCUCCCAAAAGAAUUUCACAGCACUCUAGAGACACUUACAUCUCAAUCAGGGAAAAAUACUACUGCUGCCAGCUCUAGUGAAUCACCAACAAAGGCAUGAUCUGUAGCCACAUUAGAGCUUUGGCUUCUUGAUUUGAAUGUAUUUUUCCUUUCUUUGCAUUAAAUUGUUUGUGUUAAGAAGUUUCAGACUCAAUAGUCUUUGUGUGAGACAACCUUGGCUCCUAAAUAACUUAACAGUAUGAAAUUACAAUAAUUUUUUGCUUCACUUUGUAUUAUGCAUGAAACGACAUGGCUCAAAGAUCCACACAAUAAGAGUUUUUCAUUUAUUUGUUUA